AUGUAUACAACUAAUGGUUAAACCUUCUUGAAAGAUUAUAAUAUGACUUAAGCUGCAGAAGUUUCUUCCAAAAUCAUUCCUUUUCCUGAAAAAGAUAAAGAUGUAGAGCUUUUCUUUUUUGAUAUUAGUGGAUAAGACUGCUACUAAUCGAUCACAUCUGAGUUACUAGGACAAGCAGAUCUUUUAGUUUUAGUUUAUGAUUGCACAAGCUAAGAAAGCUACAAUAAACUUUAGACAUGGUAUGAUAAAGUCAAACAAAAGAAUUCUAAAUCUCUUUAAGGUGUUUUAAUUUCAACUAAAAACGAUUUAAGUGGUGCUAGAUAAGUAGAUCCUCAACAAGCAAGAGACUUAGCAAAGAAACUUAAUUUAUAAUUUUUUGAAGUUUCUUCAGCACGUAAUACCAACAUAGAUCUACCUUUCUAAAACUUAGCAGAAAGACUUGUAUGA